GACACUAUGCAUGAAAUUCCAAGAGCCACAACAUCCUACGCUCAGAAUCACUACAAGUUAAGAUAGAUUUGUUUUUAUCCGUUGGAUGGCAGGCAGCUCAUGUACAAGUAUUAUAUAUACAGCUCAUAAUCACUAAAGUCACUCAUUGGAUUCGAAAAGGGGAAAGACAAAGAUUAUCGUAAUGGCUUCGAUCUCCUCCUCAGUCGCGACCGUUAGCCGGACCGCCCCUGCUCAGGCCAACAUGGUGGCUCCGUUCACCGGCCUUAAGUCCAACGCCGCCUUCCCCACCACCAAGAAGGCUAACGACUUCUCCACCCUUCCCAGCAACGGUGGAAGAGUUCAAUGCAUGAAGGUGUGGCCACCACUUGGAUUGAAGAAGUACGAGACUCUCUCAUACUUACCACCACUAACUGAAACUCAGUUGGCUAAGGAAGUCGACUACUUGCUCCGCAAAAAAUGGGUUCCUUGUUUGGAAUUCGAGUUGGAGCACGGUUUUGUCUACCGUGAGAACGCCAGAUCCCCCGGAUACUAUGACGGAAGAUACUGGACAAUGUGGAAAUUGCCUAUGUUCGGUUGCACCGACUCAGCCCAAGUGAUGAAGGAGCUUGCUGAAUGCAAGAAGGAGUACCCCCAGGCCUGGAUCCGUAUCAUCGGAUUUGACAAUGUUCGUCAAGUUCAAUGUAUCAUGUUCAUUGCUUCCAGGCCAGAUGGUUACUAAGCAAAUUCGAGAAUUAUUCGAUCUAACCUAUAUAUGAUGGGUCGAGUUUGUUUGAAUCUUUAGGGUUCUUCGUCAUUCUCUUUUUCAAAUUUGGAAAUUUUCGUUUUCGUGAAUUCCUGUGUAUUUUGUUGUUUAUUUCGGAUUAUAUAAUAAUAAUAAUAAUAAUUUGUUGAAAAUGUA